AUGGAAGAAGAUGGCGCCAACUGCUUAAGGGACAUCUUCGAAGAAUGCAGGCGGAUUGAUUCGGAAAAACCGGAAAAAAUUGGCGACCGACUCGACGAGAAUAAACUCCAAAAAGCGUUUUUGUACACGGCGGAUCGGAAUUUCGUCGCCGAAGUGGCUUCGAUUUGCGAAGAAAAGAAAGAUGUGCGAUGAUUUUUCUUUUUUGAGGUUUUUUGGAAAGUCCUGAGGUUAUUUUUCAUAAUGAUUACUUUUUUUAGGCUAAAAAAAUUCAACGCGAUUUGAAGUUUUUUUAUUAUUUUUUUGAAGGUAGGGAACAAAAUUUACCGUUACGGUCAUUGAAAAGAAUAAAUACUGUCUUUUUUUCUUGAAAAAAAUUUCGAUCCUGAACUUCUUCUUAACACUGAAAAAAAUAAUGGUUUCAUUAAAUAUUUCGAAAAAAAUGAUGUGAAAAAUUGCGAAAGGAUGGAAAUUAAAUGAUAAAUGGUUGGAUUUUUUUAAAAAAAUAUGACGAAUUAUGAAGAAUUUCGUGAUUUCGAGGCAUGGAAAAAGCACAGAAAACUUCAAAAAAAAUCAUGAAAAAAAAAUUUUUUUGAAACUUCCAUUAUGUCUUUAGAUUAAUAUUAUAUAAUUAAAAAAACUAAUUUCUUAAUUCAACAGGUUUAAUAUGACACAGAAAACAACACUCCUUUUCCUGAAACUAUUUUUUUGAAACUUCUGUCUAUGCGCCGUAAAAAAAAUAGGUAGCCAGGAUUUUCAAGAAUAAAAAAACAUAAAAAAAGCAGAUUUUUUUAUAAUUUUUCGCGACGCUUUUUUCCAAAAAAUUAUCUUUUAAUGUUCAAAAAUCUAUUUCCGAGUGUUCAAUGGAGGAAAGUAGCACAGACAACGGCUCCAAUUUUUGAUACUAUUUUUAAAAAUCCAUCUCUGCGCCUUUAAUAGUCAUUUAAGAGAAUUUUUUACAUUUUUCAGUGCCUGCAAGCUUCCUUGACUGUUUUACUGUCCAAUGCGCUCGAAAAUCACGACUGCUUUGAAGAGGUUUAUCAUUUUUUUGCUUUUUAAAUCUUAUAAGAUUUUUUUAGGAAGGAAAAAAAUACGUUGCGUCGGCGGAAGAGGAUUGAAAUUGUUGGCUAAUUGUGCGCUUCGGAAUCAUUGGUUGGGUUUUAAUCUUGAAAAAAACAUUCAUUUUAUUUUUCUUUUAAGCUUUGAAGAAGAAAAAAACUGAUUUAUAUCAAAAAAAUCUCAUUUUUUUCUUUUUGUAUUUUUUUGCCAUUGAUAACAUAUAAUUGUUCGGAAAAAUUUUUCCUUUUUUUGUUUCUAGUAUUUAGUUUUUUUAAUUCUUCCGAUAAUUUCAAUGCUUUCUCAUACAAAUAUCACAUUUAUAAAUAAGUAAAUAUUAUUUAUUGGAUGAAAAAAUGUGUUUUUUUAUUCAUUUUUUUCGCUAAAUUUUUCAAUACUUUCUCACUUAAAGUUCAAUUUCUCAAAGGAUUUUUUUAAUUUUUUUAUUCGAUUUAUCGAAGAGAAUGCCAUUUUUUUCUUCAUUUUAUCGCAGCGUUUUUCAUUUUUUUCCAUCUUUCGAAAAUGCAAUUUUGAAAUUUAUUUCAUUUUUCCACGAGAGAAAUUUUUCAUUUAUUUGCAAUAUUUUUCAAUGUCAGCUUCUUCAAAAAAAUCAAUUUACUGAGCCUUUUUUUCAAAAUUUGUCAUAUUUUUUUAAUUAUAAUUUCGUUGUUUAAUUUCAAAAAGAAGGAAAGUCAUUUUAACUUAUUUUUUUCUUAUUUGAAAAUGGAAUUUUAAGACGAUAAAUUUCAUUAUAAGGCCAUUUUUUUCUUCAUUUUUUUCGCGAUAAGUUUAAUUUUUUUCUCUUUCAAAAACCUAGUUUUUCAAUCGGAAACAGCGUUUUUUUCACAUUCUCGUCAUUUUUUUCUGAGCGAUUCAUCGAAAAUUAAAUUUUUUUCAAUUGAUACUUUUUAAUUAUUAGGCUAUCAAUAAAAAAAGGCCGUUUUUUUCUUGGUUUUUUUCAGUUUUUUUCUUGUUUAAAGAACAAAUUUUUUUAAUCAAAAAAACCCUUUUUUUAAAUCUUGUCACUUUUUUUCAAUCAUUAUUCCAUAAUUUUUAUCCAAUUUUCAGUGUCCGCGAAAAUUUCACACCUUCCUGUCUAGAACUUGUACGAUGCGCCUUGAGAAAUCCCCAUUAUCGGAAAGCUGUAAUUUUUCAAUGAAAAUUUCAAAAAAAUUUGAAUCUUCAGGCAGUGUCUCUGGUGACUGGAGUCUCGAUUUCGUGUUAUUCAGGUUUUUUUUGAUUUUUUUAGCGAAAAAAAUCGAAAAAAAGUUCACAGAAAUGGCCCUUUUUCCCGACUUUUCCCAAGCUUCUGGAGGAAUUGGCCGCGAUUUUCGAAGACAAUGA